AUGCCUACCCUCGAACCCGCCAAAGAUCUGGACCCGAAUGCGUGGUACCAGCUCUCGGAGCUCGCUGUCGAUAAUGGGGAAACGGUGUUCCAUGGAAUGCUACAGCCUACAGCUCCAGGCGGUGAUCUGCGAGUCUGGCCAGCGAACAAGAACUCGUACUGGCAAUUUCAAAAAAUAGGCGACAAACCAGGUCGCUACCAAAUGCGAUGUUCCGACACGACCGUCAAGAAACAGCUCUCCGUAUGCUACCGCCCCGACGUAAUCGACGAGAAACGCCGAACGAGACCAUGCCUUAUGGCGACAGACGAUAGCGAUGAACAGCAAUGGGACGUGUCGCUUUGGGGAGAGGAUGAUGCGUAUAGGAUAACGAAUGUACAGAAUGGGACCAAAUGGAAUCUGGAUUGUAUUCCUGAUGGACCUGUUUUUAUGAGCUCGAAUUUUGAGGGGGAGCAGCCGAGGCAGAAGUGGUUGAUGACGAGUGUGGGUGAGGUGAACAAUCAGAUGUACUCUACCAUCUACAGUGCGCCACCCAAGUCAACUGGUGAUAGCACCGCAACAACAGCAGGCAUGACAGCCUCCGACGCCAAAACAACCUCUACAUCCACAUCUGACGCCUCAUCAGGAAAUUCAAACUCCAACUCCUCCCCCAACAAUGAUACCUCCAGUAACGAACUAUCAUCCGGCGCAGUCGCAGGAAUAGCAGUCGGCGCAACCCUCGCCGUCGUCGCGUUAGCGCUUGCAGGAUUCUUCUUCUGGCGUCGCAACAAGCGAAAAUACAGUCCCGCCAGCACAGGACCUUUGGACGAGAAACAUAAUGAUUCACCUAUCGUGGUGUCGCCUGGUGAUGGGAUGGGAAGUUAUUACUCGCCUGCUAAGGAAAUGCCGCAGGAGCAUGGUGUUGCCGAGUUGCCCAAUGGGCAGCAUCAGAGACAUGAAAUGGCCCCAAGUGGCAUUCUCGGCUUCGUAGUCGAAGAUGUCAAGCAAUCACCAGGAAACUAUCUCGUUGCUCUCGGUGUACUGGUUAUCAGUGCAUUGCUACACAAGCUAUCGACACCAUCCCUCGAUCCUCGCGAACCUCCAUUCCUGAAACCUGCAUUCCCAAUCAUUGGUCAUUUCUACGGAUUAAUGAACGACAAACAUCACAGACAAAUCGCAACUCUCCCCAUCCUCGGCGGAAAACUCUACGUCAUCUUCGACCCAGCAAUAAUCCAAUCCGCCUAUCGCAAAAAGACCCUAUCCUUCCAACCCUUCGCCGUAGAAUUUGCACAACGAGAAUUGCUGAUUUCUGAUGAAACGCACAAGAAGUUGAAGGAAACAGAUCUUGUGCCAGAUUUCUUUGCGGCGAUUCAUCCUGCUAUGACGGGAGAGCAUAUUCAUCGGAUGAAUGCUAAUGCGCUGAACUACAUCGCCAAGGAUAUCAACGGUAUUAAUAAGGGGCGUAAGAUGGAGCAUGGAAAUGUCUGGCUUUGGUUGAGGGAUAUUGUUACUAUGGCUACUUCUGAAGCGCUGUAUGGACCGGAUAACCCUUUGAGGGAGGAUCCUAGCCUGUUGGAAGAUUUAUGGACUUUCGAAGCCGGUCUCAACGUAUUGCUCGUCAACAUCCUCCCAGCGAUCACCGCCCCAAAAGCCCAUCAAGCAAGAGCACGACUCCAAGCUGCACUAGGAAAAUACUACGGCGCACAAAAGUACGAGCACGAAGACGCAGCAGAGAUCGUCCGAGGCCGCGCAUACCCUUUCGUCAAGUACAAUGUCCCUGGCGAAGAAAUCGGUCAUAUCGAGCUUGCGCUUCUUCAUGUUGGAACUGCGAACACGAUUCCUACUCUUUACUGGUUCUUCGUCAAUGUUUUCAGUCGCCCUGAUCUCGUUCAGAGGCUAAAGGAUGAAGUUCUGCCAAUCAUCAAAAUGGAUGGAGAGAAGGGUAUUGUCGAUGUUACGAUUCUGGAUGAUAAGUGUCCCUUGCUUGUUAGUUGUUACAGGGAAGCAAUCCGACUCAGCAACCAAGCCGGCAGUAAUCGUCGCGUUCUGGAAGAUACGACAGUAACAGACAGUAACGGCAACUCCUAUCUCCUAAAGAAAGGCGAAAACCUCCAAAUUUCCGCUUUAGUCAGCCACAACCUCGAUACCUGGGGCGGAGACAUCUCCACCUUCAAACCAGACCGCUUCAUCGAAACAAAGGAGACUCUAGAAGCAGACAAAGCGAGACGAGCAGCGUUUAUACCCUUUGGUGGAGGAAGACAUCUCUGUCCUGGUCGUACUUUUGCCUUUGCUGAGAACUUGGGUCUUGUGGCUUGUUUGUUGGCGGGUUUUGAUGUUGAACUACCAGAUGGACCGAAGUUACCGGCUGGUAAAGAUUGUAAUUUCUCGCAGGCUGCGUUUCAGCCUGUGAAUUAUGGGGAGGGGUUUGGGGUUAAGAUUCAGAGGAGGGAGGGAUGGGAGGGGGUUCAGUGGUCGUUUAAGUCUUAG